UUUCUUCUUCUCGGCAUCGGAAUUUUUAAUUUUUUUUUCCGGCAGAUUCUCUGGUGAGUGACGUGAAAUUCUCAUCAGCUAAAUUCUCGUUGUUUUAUUUUUCACUUGUACACGUGGCAUUUCCGGCAAUUUCUCCGAUUCACAUCGCGACGGAGAAAUACGAAAAAACAAACAAACGAACAGUUCAAAAUCGCCGUCGCCGUCGCCGGAGGAUUUAAAUAGAAACAUCAUUUUCAAGAAAGUCCACAAAAAUGGAGUUAGUGAUACAAGAAAAAAACAAACUCUGCUUAGCUACUUGUAGUUGAUGUUGCAGGCCGCCAGGCCACAACAGCUUUUUAGAUUCUAUCAAAAAUGUCUUGGAAGCAAAGUCUUUUAUAACCGUUGAAUGGUUCUUGAGAUGAAGAUUUCGUGAAUGAACUACUCUUUGUGAUUUGACAACAAGAAAUGAGGGGUCGAAAGGAAGCUGCAAUUGCUCUCAUCAUUACCUUGGUGUGGAUACAGAAAAUUGUUGGCGAUGAACAAGUGCAUAAUGCAUCUGUAACAAGUAAUUGGACCUGCAGCUGUCUCGCCAACCCAAGUUUUUCUGUUCCCGAAAACUGUUCAUCAUCAUGUGAUUGCACUAUUGACGAAUCAAGCAAGAACAAAUGGAUAUGUAUAUGUGCAGUUGAUGGAUUUCCUAAAGUGGCUGCUGAUCAUAAUCACAGCAGUUGUUUUACAGCCUGUGAUUGUCGUUACGGAACUCAACUUGAAAUGCAGUCCGCAAAGAAGAAGAUAUCCAGUAAAGUUAUUUUGGUCAUUCUCUUACUAUGUGCGGCGGUCAUCACUCUUGGUUUCGUUGCUUCGAUGUUGUGCUAUGCCUAUAGAAGGGAUAAAUAUUCUAUUCAACGAUCUCUAUUUUCGUCCGACAAAGAUACAAGUUGCAACAGUGCUACCAACUUAAUACUAAGCCAAGCAACUUCAAUUGGAGAACAUGGAGGAUACACGGGUUCCUCCAAUUGUAUUACAGGUUGUGUUCCCAAAGCAUCCAAUCUUUUCAAAAGAAAACCAGAAGUGUUUUAUGGAACGAUUAUUCAAUUUUCAUAUGCUGACUUAGAGAGUGCAACUAAUAAGUUCUCUGAUUCCAAUUUGAUUGGGGUGGGAGGAAGCAGCCGCGUCUACCGUGGUUAUUUCAAAGAUGGAAAAACUCUGGCAAUUAAACGAAUUAAAACUCAGGCAGGGCAGGACGGUGACUUUGCUUUCUUGACGGAGAUUGAACUCAUUUCAAGACUUCAUCAUCGUCAUGUGGUUCCGUUGCUUGGCUACUGCUCCGAGCAUCACGGUAAACAUGCAGAGAGGCUGCUUGUUUUCGAAUUCAUGGAAAAUGGCAAUCUGAGAGAUUGUCUGGAUGGGGCUUCUGGGAGACAUCUGGAUUGGAGCACACGGGUUGCAGUUGCUUUUGGAGCUGCGCGUGGCUUGGAGUAUCUUCAUGAAGCAGCUGCACCAAGAAUCUUACACCGCGAUGUUAAAUCUACUAACGUCCUACUGGAUGAUAACUACAGAGCUAAGAUUACUGAUCUUGGUAUGGCAAAGCACCUCCAAAAUGAUGGUAUUCCUAGCUGUUCCAGCUCUCCUGCGCGGAUGCAGGGGACAUUUGGCUAUUUUGCACCUGAAUAUGCAAUUAUCGGAAGAGCUUCUCUGAAAUCGGAUGUUUUUAGCUUUGGAGUUGUGCUACUUGAACUGAUAACUGGACGACAACCAAUCCAUAAGUCAGCCAACAAAGCAGAAGAGAGCCUCGUGAUAUGGGCCACGCCUCGUCUACUAGACAGUAAACGUGUGGUCUCAGAAUUGCCUGAUCCAAAUCUGAAUGGAGAAUUUGAAGAGGAAGAAUUGCAGGUCAUGGCUUACUUGGCUAAGGAGUGUCUUCUACUGGACCCUGAUUCUCGGCCAACUAUGAGUGAGGUUGUUCAAAUUUUGUCAACUAUUGCACCUGAAACAUCUAACCGGAAACACUUCUCGAGAGAUGACUUCAAGGGCUCAUUCAGUUAUGACAACAAGAGUAAUGGAGAAAGUUCGGGCUUUGUUGAAGCCGAGGAGAUCAAGCAAAUCACAUCAGAGAAUCGCGCAGCUCACUGUUUGUUGCCAAAUUGUGCUUUCAUUCAUUGUAGAGUAUCUAAUGAUCCAAAAGAAGACGUUAUUCCAGCAGCAUAUGUCGAAAAUCUGCUGCUCCAGAGUUCAAAUUCCAAAAGUUGGAGUUUACAUGAUGAUGAAUCAGUUGAUUUAACUGAACCGCGAUUUGAGAAAUUUCAUAUGCCAACUGUGAGAGUGUGAGAUCACCAGAAAACAGUACACAUGAACAAGUGUAUUGUUCAUGUAUUAGAGAAUUACAAAAGUUUGGUUAAAUGAUUACGCGCUAAAAGGGCAUUUUUUUGAUUUGAUAUAAACAAGUUUACGAUAGUCAUCUUUCUUUUGUAAAUGAUCCCACGUUAGUCUGUAUACAUCACACUUUUUGGGGUGCGACCCUUUCUUGAAUUAUGCUAAGACGUGAUGCUUUAUGCACCGA